AUGAUCAACUUGCGUCGCCUGACAUUCAACGUCAGUCAGCCUUGCCGUGAUGAAAUUGAUCUGGACUUGGACCUCGACGAGAUCUCGAGGGGAAUAUGCACCGUGUCAGCUGGCCCACCUGACGUUGAGUCUGAUGGCGAGCUGCUUACCGAGGAACCCUCAGAGGCGACAAAUUGCCACUCCUCCACGACCGAUUGUUUGCUUUAUUCUGACUCCUCGGCUUCUUUCUUUUUUGGGUGGCCGGGCCCAAAUCCCCUCUCGAUUGCAGCAUCCAUUGAUGAGAUGUUUCAUUUGAUGCUACCCAUGAGCGACCUUCAGAUGGCACAUGUCCUCGAGUUUCGUCUUCUACGACUGGAUCCGUGCACCGGAGAGAUGAUUGCGCAGGAUAUCUUUCUCUUGCCGCGAGUCGAGACUUUCCUGGAGAAUCUUCACCGCUUGCAGGCACAGAUAUUCGACAUACUUCGCCUUAUUGCAAUGGAAAUCCGCGUGCCAUCAUUCCGACUGCUGGUGCGACCGCUCGCGAGGGCUCUACCCUUUCACGCCCAGGUAUCUAGCCCGUGGACUGAUCACGCGAGUGGUCGGAUGCUGUUAGAUCCUGCCUGUUUUGUGCACAGAUUGAUCACAAACUAUCGUUAA